CAACCCGGAGGAGCCCUCACCAACAUCCCUGCCUGGCUCAGCUCCUGCAGCCUACAGGCCGUCCCGUCGAGGCCUAGGGCCUCAGGACACCACUUCCCUGCCUGCCCCGCCAGGCCCCUUCCCGGCCUUGGCCCUGGCCACGGGUCCGGGGCUCCCACAACCCCGGCACCUCACGGGCUUCCCCCCAAACCCCGAUGGGGUCCCUUCUCUCCCGCUCUGACAGCUUGGUCCUCUGCCACACUCCCCUGGCCACCAGCCCCCUCCCCUGCCUCUCGCCCCGCCCCCACUGCCCCAACAGCGCCCGGUACUCACUCUCCUAGUCCCCUCCCCUUUCUCCGGGACCCUGUCAGGCGGCCGCGUGCUCCGGCAGGGGACUUGUCCCAAGUUGGCUGGAAUGGAGCUUCGCUCCCAGGCUUCAUUCGGUGGCGAGGGAGCUGAAGAGAUUCCAUCCAGGGAAAAAGCUGGUCUCAGGACCCCAACUGACCUCCCUUCCUUGAGCCCGAGACUCUAUCCCUUCUCUAGCUGCCUGGCCCUCCUCACCCCCCCUCCCCAAGUAACCCCGCCCAGCAGGCCCUGCCCAAGCUGCUGCCACCGACCCACAGGCCCCGGGUCCGCACCCCACACUGGCGGCAGGGCUGUCCUGACAGCGGGGACGGCCAGUUGGUUCCCUUCAGGGGCACGCGCCUCCCCCUGCACCCACCCCUGUAACCCGAGCCGCUUCAGCGCCUCCCCGCGCAGCCCCACUGGGCCCUAGGCCCCGACAGCGAGUCCGCAGGCGCCAUGGGCCUCGGGGCCUGCGUGUCCUCGGCGGCGUCGGGGGCCCGAGCCCAGGCUGGCCGGCUGGGAGCUGUGCUGGGUGCCUUGUGCCUGCUGCCCGUGCUCAUGAUGCUGGCCCGGCUGGGGACCCCCUCGGCCCGGCUGGCAGCCAGCGCAGUGCAGGGAGAUCUCGCCGCACCCAAUCCCGCGGGUGUCCUCGCUACCCCGGGACCUGGUCCUCUGCCCCUCCAGGCGCCCCGCAGACGCCGCUACACGCUGACCCCCGCCAGGCUGCGCUGGGACCACUUCAACCUCACCUACAGGAUUCUCUCCUUCCCACGGAACCUGCUGAGCCCCAGUGAGACCCGGCGGGGCCUGGCCACGGCCUUCCGCAUGUGGAGCGACGUGUCCCCCUUCAGCUUCCGAGAGGUGGCCCCCGAGCAGCCCAGUGACCUCCGCAUAGGCUUCUACCCCGUCAACCACACCGACUGCCUGGUCUCUGCCCUGCACCACUGCUUUGACGGCCCGACAGGCGAGCUGGCCCACGCCUUCUUCCCCCCGCACGGGGGCAUCCACUUCGAUGACAGCGAAUACUGGGUCCUGGGCCCCACGCGCUACAGCUGGAAGAAAGGCGUUUGGCUCACCGACCUGGUGCACGUGGCGGCCCACGAGAUCGGCCACGCGCUGGGCCUGAUGCACUCGCAGCACGGCCGGGCUCUCAUGCACCUCAACGCCACGCUGCGUGGCUGGAAGACGCUGUCGCAGGACGAGCUGUGGGGGCUGCACCGACUCUACGGCUGCCUGGACCGACUGUUUGUGUGCACAUCCUGGGCACGGAGGGGGUUCUGUGACACCCGCCGGAGACUUAUGAAGAGGCUCUGUCCCAGCAGCUGUGACUUCUGCUACGAGUUUCCCUUCCCCACGGUGGCUGCCACUGCACCGCCACCCAGGACCAAGACCAGGCUGGUGCCCGAGGGCCGGAACGUGACCUUCCGCUGCGGCCAGAAGAUCCUCCACAAGAAAGGCAAAGUGUACUGGUACAAGGACCAGGAGCCCCUGGAAUUCUCCUACCCUGGCUACCUGGCGCUGGGCGAGGCGCAUCUGAGCAUCAUCGCCAACGCCAUCAACGAGGGCACGUACACGUGCGUGGUGCGCCGGCGGCAGCGGGUGCUCAGCACCUACUCCUGGCGGGUCCGCGUGCGGGGCUGAGCGCCCGCGGGGCCAAGACGGCCGAUAAAGCACUUUCUCUCUCAA